AAUGUGUAUAACCCUAAACAAGGUCUUGAUUCUCUGGUCAUCACUCCUAUAUCUCAAGCAUCAGCUAAGCAAAGGGCUGGCAGGGCGGGCCGUACUGGUCCAGGAAAAUGUUAUCGUCUUUAUACCGAGAGUGCCUAUCGCAAUGAAAUGUCACCUACCACAAUUCCAGAAAUUCAGAGGAUUAAUCUUGGGACAACAACUUUGAAUAUGAAGGCUAUGGGGAUUAAUGAUCUCUUGUCUUUUGAUUUUAUGGAUCCUCCAUCACCUCAGGCCCUUAUAUCUGCAAUGGAACAACUGUACAGUCUAGGAGCUUUAGAUGAAGAGGGACUUUUGACUAAAUUAGGGAGAAAAAUGGCAGAUUUCCCAUUGGAUCCUCCAUUAUCGAAGAUGUUGCUUGCCAGUGUGGACCUUGGAUGCAGCGAUGAAAUCUUGACCAUCAUUGCUAUGAUUCAAACUGGCAAUAUUUUCUAUAGGCCAAGGGAGAAGCAAGCCCAGGCAGAUCAGAAGCGGGCCAAGUUUUUCCAACCAGAAGGUGACCACUUGACUUUGCUUGCUGUUUAUGAGGCGUGGAAAGCUAAGAACUUUUCUGGCCCUUGGUGUUUUGAAAACUUCGUACAGUCGCGUUCUCUUAGGAGAGCUCAAGAUGUCAGGAAGCAACUUCUCACUAUUAUGGAUAGGUAUGAUUUUGAUGAACUCGCUUCUUUUUCUUCU